GUCCGGCCCCUCGCGGGGCGCUGCCGGUUGCGGCCCGCUUCCAGCCGCAGGCCCGUGGAGCAGCACCCGCCUGAGGGCAGCGGCUGCUCCGCCCGCGGCGGCCGUUUUCUUUUCGUGGUUAACUGAAGCACGGACGAGACGUCCGCCGAACGAGACAUCCCGGCGCCGUCUCGCCAGUCCCGAUGAGAGUCGCGUUUGACUCGGGAUUUCGGCCGAGCCGCUGGAUUUGGCGUUGGCGGCUGCGCCGCGUGCGCUUUGGGAGCACGGAGCGAUGCGUUUCGGUGGAGUUUGGGGUGCUGCAGGGGCUUCCCAGCCCUGCUUGCCUCCGCAGUCUGACCAAGGGUGCUGGGGCUCCAAGUUGUUGCCCCACGUAAAGAGCUGCUUUCACCUAAACUGCCAGGGGGGAAACCAGCUUAAUUACACCUGCAAUUACAGGUUUGUGUAGGUGGUUCCGAUAGGCGUAGACUCGUGUCUGUGUGUUCGCUGUCUCUCCUCCCUUCCCUUGGCACCCAAAGCAGUGCGUGCUCUUUCCUCUCCACCCUUCCCAGCGGCCCUUAAACGCAAACCAGCGUUCCCACGCCUGUGCCUUAGGGAGCCAAGGAGAGGAACCUGAGUGAUAAAGAGGCGAAAAAGCUUGCAGUAUAGACAAUAUUUGGGAGUCUGUCAAAAUAAGUGUUAAACCUACGUAUUAAACCAAGUAGUCGUUUAAUUCAGUUUUUCAGCAAAAUGAAGAAGUGGAUGGACAUGUCAAAUCUACCACAGGAAUUCCGUGAGCGAGUAGAGAGGCUGGAGAGAAACUUUGAAGUGUCAACUGUGAUCUUCAAGAAGUUUGAACCGAUAUUUUUGGAUGUAUUUCAAAACCCUUAUGAAGAAACUUCUAAGCCACAACGAAGCAGGAAGCAGAGGCGGGUGCCGUGCAGUGUUAAAGAUCUCUUCAACUUCUGCUGGACUCUCUUUGUGUACACUAAGGGUAAUUUCCGUAUGAUUGGGGAUGAUUUAGUAAAUUCCUAUCAUUUGCUUCUCUGCUGCUUGGACCUGGUCUUCGCAAAUGCCCUUUUGUGUACAAAUAGAAGAGAUUUGCUAAAUCCAUCGUUUAAAGGCUUACCAGGGGACUUCCAUGCAACAGAGAUCAAAGUCUCUGAAGAUCCUCCUUGCAUUAUUGCCACGCUGUGUGAGCUGCAUGACGGGCUUUUAGUAGAAGCAAAAGGAAUAAAGGAACACUACUUCAAACCAUACAUCUCAAAACUAUUUGAUAGGAAGAUCUUAAAAGGAGAAUGUCUAUUGGAUCUUUGCAAUUUUACAGAAAAUAACAAAGCGCUGAAUAAGGAAUAUGAAGAGUAUGUUCUAACAGUGGGUGACUUUGAUGAGAGAGUUUUCCUAGGAGCAGAUGCUGAAGAAGAAAUAGGCACUCCUCGGAAGUUUCCUGCAGACAUGCCUGUAGGGAAAACAGCAGCAAGAGCUCAUGUGGAGUGUCAUCUUCAGCAGCAUUUUGAAAAGAAAAGGUCAUUUGCACCUUCAACUCCUCUGACUGGAAGAAGAUACCUACGAGAAAAGGAAGCUGUCAUCACUCCUGUUGCUUCAGCCACACAAAGUGUGAGUCGGUUACAGAACAUUGUGGCUGGACUGAAAAAUGCACCGAGUGAACAACUGAUCACUAUUUUUGAGUCUUGUGCACGCAGCCCUAUGGAAAGCAUUACAAACAGAGUGAAAGAAAUAGGUGAGACAUUUUGUCGCAGCUACACUCAGUCAACAGAUGAACAACCAGGAUCUCAUAUAGACUUUGCUGUAAACAGAUUAAAACUGGCAGAGAUCUUGUACUAUAAAAUCUUGGAGACUAUAAUGGUACAAGAAACACGAAGACUACAUGGGAAGGACAUGACUGCUCUCUUGGAACAAGAUGUUUUUCACCGCUCCCUCAUGGCAUGCUGCUUGGAGAUUGUGCUUUUUGCAUAUAGCUCACCUCGUACCUUUCCCUGGAUAAUUGAAGUACUUGACCUCAGGCCAUUCUAUUUUUAUAAGGUUAUUGAAGUACUGAUUCGGUCUGAGGAAGGACUUUCCAGAGACAUGGUGAAGCACCUUAACAGCAUUGAGGAACAAAUUCUUGAGAGUCUAGCAUGGACUCGGGACUCGGCACUCUGGAGUGCUCUCCAGGCUUCAGAAAACAGGGUCCCAACAUGUGAAGAAGUAAUAUUUCCCAGUAAUUUUGAAGCAAGCAAUGGAGGAAGUGGGCUUGGGCAUUUGCCUAUGAUGCCGAUAUCUCCUAUAGUUCAUCCUCGAGUUAAAGAGGUUCGGACAGAUCUUGGUGGGACUUUAAGAAGGGACAUGCAGCCGUUGUCACCAAUCUCUGUUCAUGAGCGCUACAGUUCCCCUACAGCAGGAAGUGCUAAGAGAAGACUGUUUGGAGAUGACAGUCCCAAAGAAAUGCAGAUGGAAAAGAUUUUAACUGAGGGAACUAAGUUGACAAUUGCUCCAGCAUCAAGCAUUGCUACUGAAAAUAUAUCAGUUUCUCCUGGACAAACAGUACUGACCAUGACAACAGCUACAGUACCAGGAAAAGUAGGACAGAAGGUUACUAUCCCACUGCAUGGUAUUGCGCAUGAAAUGGGUGGGAUCACAUUGAUACCAAUUUCCAUGAAUUUAGGUCAACCACCUAAAAUGGAGGCUCAGGCUCCCUGCCACCCCCAGGUGAGCCAAGCACAAGAAGUGCAUCUAUCAUCAGGAAGCAAACCAAAGAAAACGGGAUCCUUGGCACUGUUUUACAGAAAGGUUUAUCAUCUGGCAAGUGUGCGUUUGCGUGAUCUGUGCUUAAAAUUGGAUGUCUCCAAUGAUUUGCGCAGGAAGAUAUGGACGUGUUUUGAAUUCACGUUGGUUCAUUGUGCUGAUCUAAUGAAGGACAGACAUUUGGACCAGCUCCUUCUCUGUGCCUUUUAUAUCAUGGCAAAGGUAACCAAAGAGGAAAGAACUUUUCAGGACAUAAUGAAAAGUUACAGAAAUCAGCCACAAGCAAACAGCCAUGUUUAUAGGAGUGUUCUGUUGAGAAAUUUUUCUGAUGAUGUCCUUUUGGACAAAAAUAAAAACCAAGAUGUAGAGAUGACAGAAGACUCAUCUGUGAAAACUGGUAGUUCCUCGGGAAGAUCUGCAGCAGAGAACUCCAGUGAGUCAGGAACAGAGGAGAGAGGAGAUCUUAUUAAAUUUUACAAUGCGGUCUAUGUAGGAAGAGUAAAAUCAUUUGCACUGAAGUACGAUAUUACAAACCAGGAUCAUGUAAUGGAAGCCCCUCCUUUGUCUCCAUUCCCCAACAUUAAGCAACAGCCCGUAUCACCUCGACGGAUCUCUCAACAGCACUCGGUUUAUGUUUCGCCUCAUAAGAAUGGUGCCUGCUUGACACCUCGAACUGCACUACUAUACAAAUUUAAUGGGAGCCCUUCCAAGAGUUUGAAGGAUAUCAACAAUAUGAUAAAACAAGGUGAACACAGGAGUAAGAAACGAGCAAUAACAAUUGAUAGUGAUACCGAAUCCCCUACGAAGCGACUCUGCCAGGAAAACGAUGAUGUUCUACUUAAACGUCUCCAGGAUGUUGUCAGUGAAAGAGCAAAUCAUUAAAACUGCCAGUUUUCUGUGGGAUCUAGAAGCUAUGGAGCUUGAUACAGCUGUCGUGCUAUUUAUUUCUUGCAUUUCCAACGUGGUAUAUACAGACAACUGUGAAGUUUAACAUUGAACUUUUACCUGACUUUUGCAGGAUGCAAAAAGCAAGGGAUAAGUAGUAAAUGCCAGAGAAUGAAAGUGGUGAUGAUCUUUAUUCCUAAAGAACCUGCUAUGCUGGAAGAUACUCUCUUCAAGCUGAUUUAGCAAAUGAGUGAUCUGUAGAAAGCCAUGUUGGAUGUUCUUGAACCUAAUAUAGAGUAUUUGAUUUCUGAGUGUAACUCAGCUUCUAGGAACAGGGGCGUUACUUUUGGAAUAAAAACAGUAAGGAAAUGAGUGAAGUCGGUUAAGGGUCUCAAGCUUUUGGUACUUGGGGAAGAAGCUUUAUAAGUGCCUUAUUUUUAAAAGAAUGUGGAAUUUUAUGCAUUACAGUGAAAUAACUGGAGUGGAGAACAGAUUGAUAAUUCAGCCUCAGUAAGAGCUGAAUAGUUUUGAACUGUAUGACUUGAUGUCCUGUGCUCUAUCUCCCAUCAGAACUUCACCAAAUAUGUAUGUUACAACCUGGAUCAGAGAGCUUCUGCAAUAACAUAGGCAAUAAUCAAAAAGUAGAAGCAGCAGUGGCUUAAGUUGGACACUGAAAUCUGAAAAAGCACUGAGAUAACUUUCUGAGUAAGUCCGAACUAACUUUAUUCCGAGCCAGUAAAUGCUGCCAUGGAAGCUACUCCUUUCAGAUCAGAAGCUUGAUUUGCAACCCUGCUGUAGAAGCUGUUCAUGUGAAUUGUAGCUUAACUGUGAAGAAGUACAAGGUGGUUACAGAUGAAAAACAGCUUGGGCUUUGGCCAGCCUUACAGCUGUUGAAAUGUGUAAAUUCAUUUAACAAAUUGUAUCUCUUCAUUUUAUUUUUUCCUGAAGAUCUUAGUCUCUUGUUGUGUAGUAUCUACACUGAAUGUAAGCCCAUCAGAUAAGGCAUAUUUGUAUAUAUGUUUUUAUAGCUAUUAAAGGCUCGGUUUCAUUGGAAAUGUGUAAAUUCCAGGAUCUAUUUCUUUUAAGUAACCUGUUAACGCUGAAGUAUUUGAUAGGAUCUAUUUUGCUAAAAUGGAAAAAGUCAUUUUUUUUUUCAUUACUGUAAAUCAGUAUUUUGAUCUUAUUUCAUAAUUGCAUUUAGGGUUAGAGACAUAGAAAUUUCUCAGCACUGCAUUUUUCAACUUGUUUUGUGUACAUUGUACUGGAGAAAAAAAAAUACAUAGGACUUGUAUGUAGAGCUCUGUUUACUUCAUUGUUUGGUUUUAGUAUGUGCUGCAAGAUCUGCUGUGCCACGGUUCCAGGGAAGAAUACUAGUGUGAUCUCAGUCUCAGCUAGUGAAUCUGGACAGCAAAGAUGGAGGGAAAAUGUAUUUAAAAGUGUACAUGUGCAGGGACCCUACUCAGCAAGGAAUAGCAAGUUUACAAAUUGUAAUUCAUUUUUGAGUUGUUAACUACUUAAAUACUUGAUUUUUGACUUUCAGAAAAAGGUGCUUAUUUCUGAAAGAUGUGCCUGUACAGAGCUGCAGUAUGAGGACACACAGUCGACUAGGUUUAAUGUAGAUUCUUUAAUGUAGAUUCCUUUAUUUGAAUAUUUGUCUUCAGAUCUUGAGACAAAGUGUAGAAGAAAAACAACCUGUCUGUCUUUAUCUGCUCAUUGGUGCUGUUACGACUAUAUCCAUUCAAAUUAUAAUCCUGUCCCUAAAAGCCUCCUGCAUUAUUAGGGGGUAAUGAGGAAUCUUGAUUUAGCCUUCCAUGGAGUCUGCUUUAUUUGCAUGGAUGAUUGCAGUCUUUCUGGAUGGUAGAUGUAAGGCUUAAUAGCGUACGUCUUUCAGCAGUAUUAUAAGGUAAGAAUGUACUUGAUUUGGUUGUAAUUUAACACCAUGUGCAUCUCUCUCUUCCUCACGAAUAUGCUCAUCACACUGUUACAGUAUUUUCUGAAACUGUAGAGAACUGAUGGUGCUCAAAUCCUUAUUAGUUGUCAUUAACUAUACUGUUUUUUCAUUAGAAAAAUGAAUAUACUGCAACUGGAUACAGUUUAGAUUUUUUCACCUGUUUAGGUGAUGAUAGAAAAAUAUUAUUGGACUUGUUAAACAGCUAAAACAAUGGCUUAUAUGAAAUGCUUGUAACGGUUUAAAGUGCCUUCACAUGUAAAUAUGUAUUUUAUAAUAAACAAAAAUAUUUUAACCUGA